ACAGAAGCAACAAAGACGGAACAAAUGUGGGGCAGCCACAGUUGAUGUAACUAUUGACUUGGUAACUAAUGGUUAUAAGUUUAAUUUUAUCGGGAGCUGUCUAUUCGCCUUUUUAAUUGAUUUGAGUCACUCAAUUAUGGAAAAUUUAGACUGAUUUACCUCCUUGUGGUUGUUUGUUGUCUAAGAUUACAAAGCAUUAUUCAAUAUACACGCACUGUACCCUCAGAUAAUAUCUACAAGUUUCUCUAGUUACUAAAAAAAAGGACAAACAAAUGUAAAGGAGCUGAGGAAAAAGAUGAAUGGAAUAACAAGCUAAGCUUAGCUUUACUAGCAGUGAGCAUCGAUCUGGGCAUGCAUUCUUGGAGGAUUGGAGUGCAUUGAGGGAUAAGAAUAAUUUUGCUUUCUUUAGCUUUUUGAUUAUCUGAUAGGCAUUUUGAUUCUUCUCCUCCAUCUCUACUCCAAAUGCUAUUAUAUAUAAGUGAUGUUUUGGUGACUGAUGAUGAUAUGUAUCAAUCUUAGUUAUAAAUUGUCAGAAACCACCCUCAAGUAGCUAAUUAUACAUAUUCUCCAUUCAAUAUGGCAGCCCAAACAAGUGUACUUGUAUCCCAGAGAAGAAUUUCACAACCGACAAUGAUGCUCACAUCACUAAGCAGCCAACCUGUUGAUGAGAGUAUAAUCAGGGAACAGGUUUUGUCCACUCACAACUAUGAUGGCAAAGAAUUUAACACCAACGCUAUUUUGAACAUGGCAGAAAAGGCUCUCAGCCUUGAGAUGGGUACUGCUCAAAAAGCCAUGGUGGAGGAGUUGAAUGAUGAACUAGAAGAGCUCGAUAGUUACAAGCAACUUCCACUUCAUAUCAAACAACUUUCAUUCGAGAUAGCUUCCGGUGCAAUUGCAAAUCGACACUCCACCACAAUUCAUGUACUGAGCAUUUUGUCUCCAUAUUCAUGGGAGGAUAAGUUAGUCCUUAUGAUUGCAGCUUUCUCCAUAAUCCAUGGAGAAUUCAUCCUUUUUUCACGACUACUGCAAAAAGGCAAAGGAUUAGCCUGGAAGUUGGCACAUCUUAAACAAAGUAGUCAUUGUCCAAUUGAGGAUUGCUGCAUAAUUAGUUCAGCCAUAGAACUGACCAAAUGUGUGCUUCAGCUCAAACAAUGCCUAUCUUACUCCCCUCCGCAAUCUGUAAUUUCGGCCUUGCCAAUGGUUGCCUAUUGGAUAGGCAGAAAUAUUGUUAACUGUGCCGCCUAUCCCUGUGGCACUCGCUUCAAGGUUCAAAAUGAACAUAGGGAAAUAACCACCUUUAUGGCUAUUUUCUCUGCAGAACUAGCAAAGAAAAAGGAGGAGGAAUCUUAUGAAGCAUUGCGAAAUGCAUUAUAUCACGGCUCUUCUAAUAAGUUAGAAGUUUUCAAAUUAAUGUUUAAUGUCAAAAAUGAUGAUGAUGAGACAAUAUUUCUUAAUCGGAGUUUUAGGGCAAUAAGGCAUUGGAAACAGUCAUUAAGGAAUUGGAAACACGCAUUAGUGAUGCUGCUAAUAACAUCAGGUGUUGGCGUCCCUAAAGAAUGGAUUCAUUUUUUAAAUUGCUUUCACUACAGCUCAAGAGCAUAUAUUAUUUGGAUCCCAAUCACACAGGAUGAUGCAUCAUGGAGCACUGAGUAUGAGCAACAAUGCCAUCAAUUAAGAAACAAGAUAGACUUCCCUUGGUUGAAUGAUCCACAAAAAAUGAUGAGGCCACAAUUCACAAAAUUUGUUAAGGAAGAGUUGUUUAAAAUGAGAUGGGGAGAGGAACCCAUAAUUGUUUCACUUGACCAACGUGGAAGGAUUGUCCACUCAAAUGUCAUCCACAUGAUGCUCACCUGGGACGCAUAUUAUAUUGAAAAAGAUAUAAUAGGGAUAAAUGUCGUACCAGAUAACAUAAGUCUUAUCAUACAAAACGAGUUGAAGCAAGGAAUUUACGGCAUUGAAGCAAGUUCGGAAUCCCGGCAUGUGGGACCUAAAAUUGACUCAAUUACAAGGGAUUUGGUACAUAACAUUGAUUCACAGAUAAAUGCUUGGAAAAAGAAUGUUGAAGGCAUAAUUGAAGAAGUGACAGCACAAUCUACUCCGUAUGACCGCGAAAAGGAGAAACUUUUGUGGCAACAACAAACUGCUUGGACUCUUCAUCUACUGGCACCUGACUACUAUUCUAGAAUUGGCAAACCAAAAAAUGAUUGGAUUCGUGAGGAAAAAUAUAUUUUCUUAUAUGGAGGAAACAACAUUAAAUGGAUUCGAGAAUUUCUUAGUAAGUCACGUGAAGUUGCCUCCAAAAUCCAAAUGAACUUUGAGUUGGCCUACAUUGGGAAAAACAAAAUGAUAAGAGGAAUCAUUAAUAAAGAAAGAAUGAGUCAUUGCCCAUUGCGUGAUUCUUAUGGAGUAUGGUGGUUUUGGACUCGUCUUCGAAGUAUGUUUUUGUCAAGAAUUCAAUAUUUAGAGAUGACUAAUCACCUUGUUAAAGAAAACAACAAUGAUGAAAUUUUGCAAGGACUCAAAAAAUUAUUGUCCUAUGAAAGCAUGAAUGCAACAACUGAAGGAUGGGCCUUGUUAAGCAAAGGAUCAGAAGUGGUUGUAUGUGGACAUGGAAGUAAAAUGUUGCAAGCCAUGAAUGACUACGAGAUUUGGAAGGAAAACAUAGAUGCCACCAAAAGUUUUGGCCAGGCAUUCAAAGACCACCAUGAGAUGCUUUCCAAGGAUAAGCAUUCUUGUUGUACCCUUGAAUAUCCAAUUACCUUGAGCAAAAUUCCUGAAAAUGAAAGAUGUCCCGAAUGCUCUCGCCGUAUGCAGAAGUUUUUAACUUUUACUUGUUGUCAUGAUCAUGAUGUUGUAUGAUGAUAACUAUGAGUCUCUUCAUUGUGUAUUUGAUU